AUGGGUGAAUCUCCCCCGUGCGAUAGCACCCGUGCCUCCACCUCAGUCCUCGAAUCGGGCCAGCCUAUCUAUGACGCCGCACAGCUCUGCUCAGACCAUUUCGAACAUAUUAUUAAGGGGACAGAAAGCUCAGCGGAAGGUUAUGUGGCGAUUGAAGACUUAGGUGGACAAUUCAACCAAUGGGUAGCUUAUGUCGGUGCCUUCGCAGUGCCUCGGGCCUCUCUCGAUGCCCGACUAGCUCCCCACGAGGACAUCAAAGACAUGGUACUUGAUUUAUUGUAUAUGGUCGAGGACAACCUCAGAUGGGUAAACAUUGACGAUGCCGGCGAAGAUGACUCCGAGAUCCGUCCCGGAAUACCAGCCAUCAGAGCCGCAAUGGACCGAUUAUUCAUCCUGGCAAUAAAUUUACGACGCCCGACGUGUCGGAAAUACAGAUUGGCCCAAGAGCCUGCCGAUGAGCAAGCCGAGCGGUUGACCAGCUUGCUUGUAAAUAGGAGGUAUCCAAACGCGAGGAAGAGUCUUUGCAAUCAGCUUGGCGCUUCUAUCAACAUACGAGGAAGAUCAUUAUUAUACUUGAAGAAGCACAAUAGGAACCUUGCUUCCUUUCGGCAUGAUGAGGAUGCUACAGAGGAACCGACAAACCUCGAAGGAGGGUACAAGGACGAGGUGUUGGUGCCAACAAUGGGCGGGCGCCCUCGGACGCUGAAAGCUAUGAAACAGCCAGAGACCCUCGCAUCGUCACUUUCUCCUUCCAUGAGGCACCGGGUCCUUCAAGAAAGAAGGAACCCUUCGAGCUCGAUCAUCAGUAGAGGUUCGGUUAUCCAGAGCAAUGAAUACGACUACCCACCGCAACCGGAACAAAAGGAGGGGGCGAGUUACCAAUCCUGCAUUCUUUGUGAUGCACCCCUGAACCCGAAGUCCUUGACUCCAAGCGCCUGGAGGAUCCAUGUUGACCAAGAUCUCGAACCCUACGUCUGCAUUUCCGAGGAUUGCAUCGACCCCCCUCAGUUCUUUAAAAGCGAGGGGACUUGGAUGGAUCAUAUGCAGACCCGACACUCUUUGCAAUGGUCAGAGAAUAUCCACACAAAGAGGUGGUACUGUGACUAUAGCCACCCUGGCCACAACACCAAGCCACUGGCAUUUGACGAAGAGACGGAAUUCGUUAACCAUCUAAAGACUGGCCACGCGGGUGACUUCACGCAACCUAAAAUCCGAGGCCUUGUAAUUCGAAAUCGAAGGACGGCAAAAAGAGAUCCUUUUGUGUGUCCUCUUUGCGACUGUGUCCCGGAUGAUAUCCAGCAACGCAUCAAGGAAAAGCCAUUCAUGAUCCUAUGGCAGCACAUUGCCACCCAUCUCAAAUCGUUAGGCUUCCUCUCACUGUCUUACGCAGAAGACAAUCGUGAAGAUGAUGCCAUUGUAUCAAAUUCCUCCGGGAUAGGCGGCAAAGAAAAGUACAAUCCAUCCAGAUCUACAAUCAACAGCCGGGACCUAGAUGGCUUGGAGAAUAUUACUGGCACCAUGGUCGAUUCAAACCGAGAGCAGGCUGAAUGGACAGACCUUUCUGAACAGUUCACUGGCGAGUCUGAAAAUUGGGACUUCUUGCCAGUCAAGUCUCUUAGAACAAACUGGGAGGAACUGAAAAGACGUCUGACUAGGCUAAGUCCAAUCCAACGUCUGAGUAGGCGAAGUCCCGCCCCACGUCCGACUAGGCCAAGCCCUAUGGCUAGAGGUCAGCCAAGAACUCGUAUGUGGAGCUGCCACUGUUGCUCUUACAAAUGGCUAUAUGGCAGCACCCCAUCCUGCCAAAACUGCCAACACGCUCGGUGUAGUCUUUGCGAGGAAAGCGAUGAGGUUGCAGAAGAAGAUUAUUAGAGCCGUGGAUGAUAUGGGCAAGCAAACUUCUCCCGCCGUGCGGUCAGGCUUAGAAGGAUCCAGAUAAUCAUAAUCGCUAGUUAUCCCGGCACCACUUG